GAUAUUUCGCAUGGAGGCUUGGUAAACCCUUGAAAUUGCGGAUGCUUAUGGUAUUUUUCACCGCCAUAUUCAUACUGACCGUUUUGACAAUUAGCGAGUGACAAGAAGUUUACUCAGCCGCCUCCAAAUAGCAAAAGGUUGUCUUGAUUCUGUCCUCUGGUUUGAAGGGCGACAAAGUGCUUUGGCUGCUCAGUCUAGGUGAGGACUUGCUGAAGGUCUGGUGCGAAGAUGAGGAACAUUGGAAGAGUUUUUCACAACAAGUAUAUACUUAAGAAUUAUGGUUCAUACAGGCUGUUUUCUGGUAUCUCCGGCGAACCAAAUGGACCCACCGUUAAAACUUCGAUACCAGGUCCUCGUUCAAAAGAAUUAUUGAAAGAACUAAACGAAAUUCAGCAAACUGGUUCAGUACAACUUUUCGCCGAUUACAACAAAUCUUUGGGCAAUUACCUGAUAGACGUUGACGGUAAUGUUCUCCUGGAUUCUUUCACGCAAAUUUCUUCCGUUCCUGUUGGUUACAACCAUCCAGAAUUGCUCAAAGUGUUCCAUGAUGAGAAUAAUAUGAAAGCUCUGGUGAACAGGCCAGCACUGGGCGUGUUCCCCGGGGAAUAUUGGCCGUCAAAACUGAAAGAAGUCCUACUAUCUGUAUCUCCCGGCCUACCCCAAGUCACCACGAUGAUGUGCGGAUCCUGCUCCAACGAGAACGCCUACAAGAACAUCUUCAUCAGUUACCAGAAGAAGACGCGCGGCGGCGACAUCAAGUUCUCCAAGGAAGAGGAGGCAUCCUGCAUGAUGAACCUACCCCCGGGGUCCCCCAAGCUAUCGCUGUUGUCCUUCCACGGCGGGUUCCACGGCAGGACUUUCGGUGCGCUGACCACCACCCAUUCCAAGGCCAUUCACAAGCUGGACAUCCCCGCCUUCGAUUGGCCGGUAGCCCACUUCCCUAAAUACAAGUACCCCCUGGAAGAGAACGCGAGGGAGAACAAGGCCCAGGACGCCAAGUGUUUGGAGGAAGUCCAAGAUCUCUUCGAGAAAUACAAGAAAAAAGGUGUGCCGGUGGCUGGGAUCGUCGUGGAGCCUAUACAGUCGGAAGGGGGUGAUAACGAGGCGUCUCCAGAAUUUUUCCAAGGGUUGCAGGAGAUCGCGAAGAAGAACGACGCCGCCUUGCUGAUCGACGAGGUGCAGACCGGUUGCGGCGCCACUGGAAAGAUGUGGUGCCAUGAACAUUUCAAUCUUAAGACGCCGCCGGACGUCGUGACGUUCAGCAAGAAGAUGCUGAUUGGGGGUUACUUCCACACCCCUGAAAUGAGGCCAGAUCAACCUUACAGGGUGUUCAACACGUGGAUGGGUGACCCGGGGAAAAUCUUCCUACUCGAAGCUGUUCUCAAGGUGAUCAGACAGAACAACUUGCUGAAAAAUGUGGAGGUAACGGGUUUGAAAUUGAAACAAGGCUUGCAUCAAUUGGAACAGGAGUUUCCAAACCUGAUCAACUCUGUUAGAGGGAGGGGAACGUUUUUGGCUUUCAAUGCAGCCUCCUCAAAACUAAGAGAUGAUAUUUUAGGCAGUUUGAAGAAAAAAGGUAUCCAAGGUGGAGGUUGCGGAAAUGAGGCAGUACGUCUGAGACCUGCAUUGAUAUUCCAAGAAAAACAUGCCGACAUAUACCUGGACAGCCUGAGACAAGUACUGAAGGAAUUAAAAUAAAUAAUAUCACUACUCCUAAUUUAGCGAAAUCUUCCAUGUCAACCAAGUCUUCCAAGAAAGUGUAUCAAUCCUUUAUGAGGGUUUUGUGUACAAAUUCCUUAUAAAAAUUUAUUCUCUGAACUUUUUUUCAUUUGCUAUGCAAAUAGAAAAUUUUAUGUAUAAGUCGAAUGUGUUGAAAAAAUAUAAAAGGUUCAUUAUUGCAUAAA